AUGCCCGGCUUUGAUUACAAGUUUCUGGAGAAGCCAAAGAGACGGUUCCAGUGUCCACUAUGCAGCAAGGCGAUGCGGGAGCCUGUCCAAGUGUCUACCUGUGGACACCGCUUCUGUGACACCUGCCUGCAAGAAUUUCUUAGCGAGGGCGUCUUCAAGUGUCCAGAGGACCAGCUGCCCUUGGACUAUGCCAAGAUCUACCCGGACCCGGAGCUGGAGCAGCAGAUCCUGGCUCUGCCCAUCCGCUGCAUCCACAGUGAGGAGGGCUGCCGCUGGACCGGCCAGAUGAAGCAGCUCCAGGGCCACUUCUCCACCUGCGCCUUCAAUGUGAUACCCUGCCCCAAUCGCUGCUCCAUCAAGCUGACGCGCCGCGACUUGCCGGACCACCUGCAACACGACUGCCCCAAGCGCAAGGUCAAAUGCGAGUUUUGUGGCAGCGAGUUCACCGGUGAGGCCUACGAGAACCACCAGGGGAUCUGUCCCCAGGAGAGUGUGUACUGUGAGAACAAAUGCGGGGCGAGGAUGAUGCGUCGCCUACUGUCCCAACACAGCAUGGCCGAGUGUCCCAAACGCACACAGCCCUGCAAGUACUGUGGCAAGGAGUUCGUCUUCGACACCAUCCAGAACCACCAGUACCACUGCCCUCGGUUUCCUGUCCAGUGCCCAAACCAGUGCGGCACACCCAACAUCGCCCGAGAGGAUCUGGCUAACCAUGUGAAGGACAACUGCGGCAGCGCCCUCGUUCUCUGCCCUUUCAAAGAUGCUGGCUGCAAACACCGGUGCCCCAAGUUGGCUAUUGGUCGUCACCUGGAAGACACCACUAAGUCUCACCUGACUAUGAUGUGUAACCUGGUGGGGCGCCAGAGGCAGGAGAUCCUGGAGCUGCGGAGGGAGAUGGAGGAGCUGUCUGUCAGCCAUGACGGCGUGCUCAUCUGGAAGCUCAACGACUAUUCCCGCAAGCUGCAGGAGGCCAAGCUCCGAAACAACCACGAGUUCUUCAGCCCGCCUUUCUACACCCACCGCUACGGCUACAAGCUGCAGGUGUCGGCCUUCCUGAACGGUAACGGCAGCGGGGAGGGCUCCCACCUGUCCAUCUACAUCCGCGUGUUGCCCGGCGAGUACGACAACCUGCUGGAGUGGCCCUUCUCCUACAAGGUGACUUUCUCCAUCCUGGACCAGAGCGACCCGUCACUCUCCAAGCCCCAGCACAUCACGGAGACCUUCAAUCCGGACCCCAACUGGAAGAACUUCCAGAAGCCCUGCAGCAGCCGCAACUCGCUGGACGAGAGCACCCUGGGCUUCGGCUACCCCAAGUUCAUCUCCCACGAAGAGAUCAAGAAGAGAAACUACAUCCGAGACAACUGCAUCUUCCUCAAGGCCUCUAUAGAGAUACCGCAGAAGAUCAUGGCUUAAGAUCAUGGCUUAAGAUCUCGUCUUUUUGGUGUUUCUUAGUAUGAAGGAGAAAGAUAUGCUCAAGACUGGAACUGACACUUAACCUUGAAAACUUACACACACUUACCCUUUAGACACUUUCUUUCCUUACGGCCUCUCCACCGCAGAGCUUGAAGCUGGUCUGUUUGGCUGGGUUAGCUGACUGGAGGACCUUGAUGUGCCAGAGAGGAAAAAGUGUUUGGUCUGCAAAACCAUCACUCUCUGAUGUUUCAGUUUUUUUUUUGUUUUUUGUUUUUUUUUAAAGAAUUUUUUUAAAGAAUUUGUUUGUUCACGUACCUUUAUCUCAAUCUACAGUGAAAAGCCUUGGAAAUCAAACAGUGCCUAGAGAGUUUAUCUUAAGUUAUAUUUUCGUUGUGUUAUUUCAGCAGUACAGAUGCUACGAUUAUGGGGGGAAAAAUAUAAAUAGGGGGUGAAGGGCUUCACUAAGCCUUUGCACUUAGACUAGAGAGAAAGCUGGAAUCUGGUUGGAGACGCCCUGUGUCUUUUUUUUUUUUUUUUUUUUUUUUUUCCGUGUCGGGGUGAUCUAAAGAGGACGGAGCUCAGCAGACUCAGCUCAAGCCCAACUGCCUUUUGUUUACAUGCUCUUACUCCCACUGAUCCCUUAACAAAUACAAAGCCCUUGUUAAGAGAUUAAUAGCAAGAUUUGUGUACACACACUAACAAAUUGUAGAUCCAUCCCGUGUAGUGACUGCUCCAUCACAACAACAGCAACAACAACAACAACAACAACAGUCUGUGACUUGUGUUUGGUUUCCUCGACGCGGUCGCAGGUAGCUUCAGGAACACACCUUCCUGUCCCGGGCGGAAUACACACUUCAUAGUGACGCUAUGGGGCGGUGUAUCUGUUGUUGAGUCCGUUAAUAGGAAAGCACCUUUUGUCGGUCUUCAAAGGAGUAGAGCAGACAAAGAGGCCAGUCAGACGGAGCACACGUGCAUUUAAGAGUGAAGGAAAAGCCAUGUGGCCUUUUUAUAUGUCUUGGCAUGAGGGGUUGGGGGGGCAACAUAAACACAUGCAUGCUUCAUGUGCUACCACUUGGACCAUGUUUUUGUACUGUAACCUGUAUUCUUGAAAUCCUCUCCCUGUGAUGGCUAUUUUUGUCUUUUUUUGGACAGCGACAGUUUGAGAGUGCAGCAGCUGUCUAACGGAACAAAAUUGAUUUUUUUUUUUUUUUUUUUUAAAUUUUGUUUUGUUUGUUUGUUUGUUUGUUUGUUUUUUAUAUACAGAAAAUGUGAACACUGUCAAUAAUAUAUCCUACAAAGACAAUGGUUUGAAUCAUUAGAACACUUGGCUGUGACGUAUUUCGUGAACAUGGCCUCAGCAUGGAUGGUGUACAGAGGCUGUUUGAAAAAAUGGUUAAUGACGUGGUCUCUGCAAAUAUGUGGGUGUUUCAGGACUGGCUGCACCUUUGUUGUUACCAUGGUCACCGGUGUGUAUCUUCAGCUCAGCGCACAAUCUGGUUAUGGGGACUGGUUGAGGAAAAAUCAGCCUUGUGCAAUCCACGUGUCUCAGACUCCAUCCCAGCUCCAUCAGAGAGGCGGAGGACUUUGAUUACACAGUACAUUCAUAACAUAUGUGAAUACUAAUGUAAAAUGCAGAAGCACAUUCUGUCUUUUUAUUAAACAUGAAAAAAAGAUCCUCAUUUCUUGUCAUAAUACCAGCUGAUAUUUUACAGUGAUUUAAAGAAGUACAAAAAAAAAAACAAAAAAAAAAACAAAAACAACUUUUU